AUGAGCACAACAACUCGGAAGAUCGACGACAGAGACCCCGCAAUCAUAUACUCAAAAAGAUCGAGAGACUGGGGUGGGUUCGGUGGGAUAUACGAAUACAACGCCUCAUCGAUGUUGAGUAUGACUGCAGGGUCAACAGCAACUCUAACUUUCGAAGGGUAUUCAGUUUCUGUCUACGGAACCAUUGGCGCGGACCCCAUCCCUGCAAGGGCUUCGUAUGCCAUCGACACUUGGUACAACGCCACAACCGGGACACCGAAUGUAACCGGAAACGUGUAUCAGGCACUCUUUUUCCAAUCCCCUACUCUCUCCCCAGGGAACCACACCUUGGUGAUUACGAAUAUGGUGGACGGUGCACGGUACUGGUUGGAUUUUAUCACGGUUUUGACCAGCGGCACUUCGACAGCAACCCGCACAACCUGCGACUGCUUGUCACUGACAUCAUUCCCAACAUCAACCGCGACCGCGCCGGCGGUCGACCCACUCCCCUCCACAGACGGGGGAGAUUCACAUUCCUCACGAGGUUCCGUCACAUUACCCAUCAUUGGUGUGGUAGGAGCUGCAGUUAUUUUGGCUCUCGGAAUCAGCGGUCUUGCAUUGUGGCAACGAAGGAAACGCCGAGGGCAGUGUGAAGCUCGAACUAUUUCUGAGCAAGACCAACAAUCUACAUCUACCCCCAUUAGGAGCUUCAUGAGCCUCCUCCGGAUCCGAAAUUCUCAACGGAGACACCAAGAGGGACUUGUUACACCAUUCCGUGAUGCCACUUUGGGGAAACAUGACGAGACCCUUCAUCCUAACUCUGGGACCAACCCUCGUUCUGCUAGUGAGCACACGUCCGACAAUCCGCCCGCGUAUCGCCAUUAA